UUAAAAUAGAGUGUCUUUAAAAAUUAACAAGAAAAUAAACCUGCAUUCAAGUUUCGGUAAACUGACUUUUCUGUAUAACACCUAACAUUCUCUUUAAACAUGACGCGUAACAUAGAUUGGGAUGAAUUGACUGUCGAUAAUCAGUGUAUUGGAUCAGGCUCUUUCGGCGCUGUAUUCAAGGCGACAUGGAACUCAAAAAAUGGUCAAAAAGCGGUCGUGAUUAAACAAUUUCAUCAUAACUCAAGUGACGACAAAAAUAAAAAAGAAGUGGACAUGCUAUCGCUCGUCAAUCAUGAUAAUAUUGUAAAGUUAAUAGGUACUACAAGAGAUGAGAAUGAAAGAGUGGCCAUUGUAAUGGAAUACGCAGAGUGGGGCUCGCUUCAUAGCUUUCUGCACAAUGAGGAAAAUAAGGACAUCAUUUUACCACAUUCACUGCGUAUUAGCUGGAUGCUGCAAUGUGCGAAGGCCAUUAAAUACCUUCAUGAACUCAGUCCGAUAAUUCUUCAUCGUGAUCUAAAACCAAGAAAUCUACUGCUUUUUAAUAAUUGUCUAACAUUGAAAAUAUGUGAUUUUGGCACAGUUAAGACGCUUGAAGCCAUUAUGACUUUUAAUGCUGGCACUUUUCGGUAUAUGGCACCAGAGGUCGCUAAAAGCAAGUCAUACACUGAGAAAUGUGACGUAUAUAGCUUUGGUAUUACAUUUUGGGAAGUAAUGUCAAGAAAGAUACCAUUCUACCACUUGACAGUAGGUAAUGAAGUGGCCAUUCUAGUUCAAGCCACAAAAGGAACUCGACCAAAUUUAGAUGACAUCAGGAAUAUUCCAAAAUCCAAUCAGAUAAUAAAACUUAUAAGUCGCUGUUGGAAUGGAGACGCAGAUAAACGACCGAAAAUGCAAGAAAUAAUAAGUAAUAUUAAUAAUUUGUACCGAAUUAAGGAUGUGGAAGAGCCUAACUUAAGUCUGAAAAUACAAGACAAAAAUGAAGUUAACAAAUUGAUUCAUGGAGAUAUGAAUGCAAUUCAGAAAGAUGAAUGGAAAAAUAUUACUAUAAGAGAGCUCAUUGGAUAUGGUUCGCUUGGAGAAGUAUAUAAGGCUCUCUGGAAAACUGAGAAGGGACCAAAGAUAAUUGCACUUAAAAGAUAUAGACCUUAUUGUUCGAUCGACUCAAAAAAAUUAACAAUUUAUAGUUCACAACUAAAGCAUGAUCAUAUUCUAAAAUUAUAUUGUCUAUCCAUUGAUGACAAUAGUAGACCUAUUGAACUUAUGGAGUAUGCCGAUUGCGGAACUCUCUAUAGUGCUGUGCAUGAUUGUACAGUCAAUAUUGUUAAUAAUGAAUAUGAGAAGUAUUCGUUAAUGUGGAUGUUGCAUUGCGUGAAGGGUCUCAAAUUUCUACAUGAACAAAACAUUAUUCAUCGGAAUAUAACUACAGGGAAUCUACUUCUUUUCAACAAUUAUCAAACCCUUAAGAUUUCACACUCUGAAACAAUGAAGACAGAGAGUAGAUUAAUGACAACAGUUGUUGGAAAUUUUAGAUAUAUGGCUGCAGAAGUUUGUAUUUCAUAA